AUGAAUGCAAUAAGAGAAAUUGCUACAUCGCUCAAGCCAGACGAUGUGCUUCUCAUUUCUGGAGAUUUCAACUUGCCGAACUUAGUUUGGUUUGUCGAUGAAACUAUUGAUCCAGAUAUUGCCAUUGCCAUCAACCCAACGAGUAGAAAAGAAAUAGUCGUUCUCGAUACGUGCUAUGAAAUGGGCUUAUAUCAAAUCAAUAAACAAUACAAUCAGAAUGGUCAUAUGUUGGAUUUGAUAUGGACGAAUGAGAUUGAUGUUUUCUCGUGCAAUGCUAGCGAGGAUCAUUUGAUGAAUGUUGAGUCACAUCAUCCAUCGUUUGAAAUCAAUAUUCAUGAAUACAUUCAACAUCAGCCAAAGUCAAAUAAUAUUUUCUUUGAUUACAAGAACGCUGAAUACGUUGAAAUAAAUGAUCAACUUGUGGAAAAGAAUUGGGAUUCCAUUUUAAAUAGGCCAUCUCUUGAAGAAAAACUUGAUUCAUUUUAUUAUGAAAUUAGCAAUGUCGUUUCGUCGAAUAUCAAUAGAAAAAACAGAAGCGAUGAAUUGCCAGCAGAAAUGGAGUACAAUGGUAACAAGGCCGAAGAUCGACAGCAAAUUGUCGAAAUGUUUGCCACUCACUUUUCAACUGCUUACAGUCAACACAAUGAAGAAAAUAAAUACGACAUUAGUGACGCAGUGAGAUUGCAAAACAUUUGUGCAGCGAUUCCAGAAAUUAACAUCACAGACGAUUUAGUAAGCGAGAAAAUUUCAGAAUUGCCAUUAGAUCUUGUCUCUGGUCCAGAUGGUAUUCCAAAUAUAUUCAUUAAGAAUUGUUUACCAUCACUAUUAUAUCCAAUAACAAUUUUGCUGAGAGAGUCACUUCAAUCAAAUUGUAUACCGCAGAUAUGGAAAACAUCAUUCGUGCGACCAGUUUAUAAAAGUGGUAACAGAAACAAAGUAGAAAAUUAUCGUGGAGUCGCUUUGCAAUGCAUAAUUUCAAAAUUACUCGAUUCAAUUGUAACAAGUCACAUUAACAACUAUUUAAAGACGAUCAUCGACGACAGCCAGCAUGGAUUCAUCAAAGGGAGAUCAACUGUUACAAAUUUGGCAGAACUCACAUCGAAAGCGCUAAAUAAUAUUGGAAACGGCUAUCAAACCGACAGCAUCUAUUUGGACAUCGCUAAAGCUUUUGAUUCAGUAAGCGUAAAACUAUUAAUUAAAAAGCUAGACAUCAUGGGUGACAUUACAGCUCCGGGUGGUGAUAUUCUAUCCAAAGGCAAAGAACUGAUUUUCAUGAAAUUCGGAUUGGGAGGCAAAUAG